AAUGUGGAAAUAAAAAUUCAAAAUCAUGAUCUUAAAACUGAAGUAAAAGAAUAUAAGAAAUUAUUAUUAGAAUCUGAUAAAGCAUUACAAACUCUUCAUCAAAAUGGUUCUACAUGUCUUUUACAACAUGGUAUGUCUCCGUCAGAAGAAGCUGCUUAUCGUAAAGCUAUUAAUCGAGCUGAAGAUCUUAGUCAAGAAAAUGAUCGUAUUCAACGCAAAUUCACUGAGCAACAAAGUGAAAUAAAACGUCUUCGUGAAUUUGUCAAAAUGUCAAAACCUGAUAUUAAUUUAGAUGAUGAUGAGUUUUUAGAUCAAAGUAUUGAACAUAAACAAUUAAUAGAAUUGGUAAAUCGUGACAAUCGUUUAUCUGGUGAUCAAAAUAAUAACAUUGCAACUCUUAAAGAAUCCUUACGUAAAGAAAAAGGUGAAAAACAAGCUAUUUUAUUUGAGGCUGAAGGACUUCGUCAGCAAUUACUUAAUAUCAAAAAUCAAAUGGCUGAUUCAAAUAUAAGUAAAAAAGGUGUGUUGGAAAUAGAUGAUGAAAUGACUGAUGAUUGGGAAAUUACAAAAAAAAUAAAUGAAGCUAUAGAUAAAGCAAGGCAGGAGGAGAUCGAAAAGAAUAAUACCUUAGUACAACAAUUAAAAGCGCAAAUUACUAGUCUAAAUAAACAAUUGGCUUCGCAGACAAGUGAAAAUGAUGAUUUAUGUUCUGAAUUAGAAUUGAUUAAAAGUCGUCCCCUUAGUACUACUUCGUCGCGUGGUGAUAUUUCUUCGCGUUUCCUUAAUGGUGAAUUUAGUGAACAAUAUGAAGAGAGUCUUGGUCAUUUACGUGACAAAGUAGCAGAGUUGACACUUCAACUUCGCGAGAAAUCUGUGGAAGUCGAACAAUUGGUAAUAGAAUUGGAAAGAAACACGUUAGCUCAUUCUACUUCUGUUCAAGAUUUCGAAGAUCAAUACGAGGAAGAAAUUGUUAUAAUGAGAGAUCAAUUGGAUGUUCUACAAAAUGAUAAUGAACAAUUAAUGUAUGAACUUGAUGAGAUGGAUCGUAUUUGUCAAGAUAAUGAUUUACGUUAUGAAGAAUCAAAAGCUAAGAUAGAAAGUCAGCAACGUGAAAUAUUGGAAUUAUCUCAAUCCCUUGAGAAGUAUAAAGCUGAAUUAGAAAGCAAAUCAAAAGAAUUGAUAGACUUGACAGAAGCUUUGAAAAAGUGCCAAGCUGAAUUAGAAAGCAAAUCAAAUGAAUUGGCAAAUAAAUCAAAUGAAUUAGACAAUAAAUCAAAAGAAUUGGAAAAUAAAUCUAAAGAAUUGGAAAAUAAAUCUAAAGAAAUGGAAAAUAAAUCAAUAGAAUUGGAAAAUAAAUCAAAAGAAUUAACUGAUACUAAAGAAACUUUGAAAAAGUAUCAAACUGAACUAGAAAAUAAAUCAAAAGAAUCUACAGAUUCGAAUGAGACUUUGAGAAAGUAUCAAACUGAAUUAGAAAAUAAAUCAAAAGAAUUAAUAGAUUCAAAAGAAUCUUCGAAAAAGUAUCAAACUGAACUAGAAAAUAAAUCAAAAGAAUUAACAGAUUCGAAAGAAUCUUUGAGAAGGUAUCAAACUGAUCUAGAAAAUAAGUCAAAAGAAUUGUUAAAUUCAGAAGAAUCUUUGAAAAAGUAUCAAAACGAACUAGAAAAUAAAUCAAAAGAGUUGAUAAAUUCGGAAGAAUCUUUGAAAAAGUAUCAAACUGAACUAGAAAAUAAAUCAAAAGAAUUGAUAAAUUCGGAAGAAUCUUUGAAAAAGUAUCAAACUGAAUUAGAAAAUAAAUCAAAAGAAUUAAUAAAUUCGACAGAAUUCUUGAAGAAGUAUCAAGCUGAGUUAGAAAAUGAGUCAAAAGAUAGGGAAAAACAAGCUGAGGAAAGGCUCAAUCUUGAAAAACAAGGUGCCAAAGAAAAAGUUGAAUCUUUGACUGAAAAUAUCAAAGAUCUUGAAACUCAAUUGCAAGCUCAGAACC